CGUUUCCUUUUUUUAGCUCCGCUGUUAUCUGACUUAUUUCCUGAAUAAGAUUAACAUCUCCUGCCGCGUGUGUAGUAACCUUACAGGCGGAUUUACCUCCGCGCCACCCGCUGUCAUUAAACUGACCCCAGCCUGUGUUUGCACCCUGCAGUUUGGUAGCGACAAGCCGUGUGGGAGACUCAUCCAACAAUCAGAGCUCUGCUGGGGUCAGAUUUUAGCGCACUUUCACUUUACGUUGCUGUUUGUAGGUCUCUAGGUGUGAGUGUGACACAUACGGAGAUGGAGGUAUGGAAACUGAGCGUUGGUACUCUGAGUGAACAAGUGCUGAACAAGCUGUCAAAGAUGUUGGACAACUCCACCUGCGGAUGGAGGCAGCUGGCCAGUGCCGUGUCCGAGCAGCCCAAAUUCCGCUGCAGUGAGAACGAGCUGACCAGCUGCUCACUGCAGGUGCUGAGCGCUGCAGGCAGCCCAGGACGCACCCUCCUGGCUCGGCUUGCCGAUCGCGCCUGCUCCCUGGACUUCCUGCUUCACUGCCUGAGGAAGAUGGGCCACCAGGAAGCUGUGCAGUACCUCACUACCACAGUGGCAGAGCUGAUCCACAUCACGGUGCAGCCACAGACCCAGCAAGCCACAGUGGGGGGCAGGGUGGUGUUGACCUGCAGAGCCAUUGGUUCCCUUGGACUCAGCUACCAGUGGUUCAAAGGCAAAGAGGAGAUUCUGGAUGAGACAGGGAGCACACCAGAGCUGGUUCUGUGCCCUUUAACCACAGCUCACCAGGGUCACUACAUCUGUAGAGUCAACCACGGAGAAAACUGUGUCUUCUCCCAGUGGGCUCAUGUUCGCUUCGUCCAGUCUGCAGGUCCCAGUACAGGUUGCAGCAGCAGUCUGUUUCCAGGGGCAGUGAGUGGGCUGCGUAUCACCCAUCAGCCUCAGUCCCACGCAGUGUCUGAGGGCGACACUCUGUUCCUGGAGUGCAAUGCAGAGGCCAACCCUCCUGCGCAGUAUGAGUGGUACCACAACAUGGUGCCCAUGACACAACACAAGACACGUUCACUCAAGAUCCCAGGCGUGACCACAGCACACAGAGGACAGUACAAAUGCAAGGUGUUCAAUCUGUAUCACGAGGCGUGGACUGAAGCAGCAACAGUCACAAUAGGCCCCAGUUCCAUCACUGAUGCCUCCUGGGUAGAAGUCGAUCGUGGUCUAGACUCACAGGAAGUCCACCGGUCAACCUGCGGACCAGGAAUAAACCCGUUGCAACAGAUAGCCAAUCCGCCCCCAUUAGCCAAGAAUUUCUAUGCCACAGACAAAGUUGCUCUCCUGAUUGGCAACAUGAACUACCUCCACCACACUCAGCUGUGUGCUCCCAUCGCUGACGUCCACGAGUUGACCAACAUGCUCAGACAAAUGGACUUUAAGGUGGUUUCCCUGCUCGACCUCAACUGGCAGGAGAUGCACAGCGCUGUUACAGAGUUCCUCUUGCUGCUUGACAAAGGAGUCUAUGGUUUGCUAUACUUUGCUGGUCAUGGUUAUGAGAAUUAUGGUAACAGUUUCAUGGUCCCCAUUGACGCGCCGGAGUCCUACACAUCAGAGCACUGUUUGUGUGUUCAGAAUAUACUCACCAGGAUGCAGGAGAAGGAGACAGGACUGAACAUAUUCCUGCUGGACAUGUGCCGCAAAAGAAACCUAUAUGAUGAUGUCAUUGUGCAACCAGGACUGCUCAAGGUGACAGCGAAUAUUGUGUUUGGAUAUGCCACAUGUGUAGACGCUGAAGCAUAUGAAGUGAAGAGGGAAGACGUGUCAAAUGGCAUCUUCAUAAGCUUCCUGAAACGGCGAGUGUGUGAAGAUGAGAAGGUCACGGUCAUGCUGGACAGAGUGGCUGAAGACAUGGGUCGUUGUGAGAUCACACGAGGGAGGCAGGCUCUGGAGCUCCGCAGUAAUCUGUCAGAACGACGUUCCCUCACCGACCACAUACAGACCUCUGACUGCUCUGCAUCCCAAUCAGCUCGAAACAUGCAGUGGGCUGUUGCUCAUGUGCUGCCAGAGAGCCGUGUCCUGCAGUUUGACUGUGGCGUGAAUGUUCAGCUCGGGUUUGCUGCUGAGUUCUCCAACAUCAUGGUCAUCUACACUCGGAUACUUGAGAAGCCCAACGAAAUAGUUUCCUGCUGUGCUCAGCUCACUGACUUCCCUCAGGAUGUUGACAUCGAUCUGAAGAAGAGUAACCAGGAGACUCUGCUGGAAGCUGGCAGUUUAUUAUUAAUCAAGGAAAAUCUUCCUUCACCUGAGGUCCCUAGUCUCUACACACGCAUCCGAUGCCUCCAGAGACUCAGGAGGGAGCUCACAUUCACCAUCUGCCUUCAUUACACCUACUCCAAUAUGGAUGACGAAAUACAGGAAAGGAAAUCCGUGACAGUUGGUAAACCACUGGUCUCCAAACUCAACCUGCACGAACCACGACCGCCUCGCGCCUGCUCUGCGUCCUCCUCCUCCAGCUUCGACUCCUUCGACGUUCCAGAGUGCUCCUAUUUCGCUGGGUCUUUUGCCUCCGUUGGUUCAGCCUCAAAUAAUACAUGGACAUAUCACGUACAAGCUCCCUCCACCACUGACUCUCCAACUGCAUCCAGAAGUGCCAAUAUUCCAGAGGAGAUUGACAGUUCUGAAUUAUUUGAUGCCCCUCAGGCGCUUGUUGCCAGCAAAAGCCUGCCCCACAGCCAGUUAAAUGAGCCAAACUACAAAUUUAGUGACAUGUACAAUUUUCAUUCUCACUAAGCAUUAUGAAAGCAAUGAUAAAACCAACACACUGUGAUAAAUCAGUAGGACAGAUAAACAAAAAAUGAAAAGAUGAGGAGAAGCCUUUGACUUUGCAGUUUCAGAAAAGCAGAAGUCAUUGUACGGGGUCAGUUUAGCUGUUCUCUUUGUUUUAACUAGGCAUUAAGCUUUUGUAAUGCUAUAUUAAGGUUUUUAUAAGAGUUUGAUACACAGUGCAUUGAAAAUGUGAACUCACUGCACAUCAAGGUCAACAUGUGUUCUGAUUGUUAAGAAGGAAGAAAUAAAACAUAUCCAUUUACAGUUUGUCUCAGUUGCUAAGACACGCUUAAUGAAACUUGAAUCCCCUUGAUCUUUAUCAUCACCUUCUCAGCACAGCAGAAGUCUUUUCUUGCAAAUGUGUUGACACUCAUUGGUUUUACUCUUUUUUUCACACCCAUUUUCAAAACAUCUCAAAGACAGACCCCAAACUUUACUGGAUUAACUAUGCUUAAUAAAAUAUUAUAUCUACUCACAACUGAUAGAAAUUACCUGCAUGAUUAUGAAUAUCUGCACCUCCGUGAAACGUCUUUGCACCACUUAUUCUAGCUAUCAUGACUAGGUCAAAACUUAUAUGGCUGUAGUGGUCCAGCCAAAAAGAAUGACAUGGAAAAAUCUGAUUGGGUACAAUAAAAAAAUGUUUCUGGGUA